GCCACAAGGAGAUGCUGGAGAACUGGGCGCUGCAUGCGGACAAGGUGGGGCUGCGAGGGCACUACAUCAUCUUUGCCGCGGAGAAGCAGAGCUUCGACUAUGCCAACCACAAGUGGCCGGGCCAGGCGCUACUCCUGGACUUAGAGGACGAGUUCGUGCAGGAAGAUGGAAGUGUGGACGUGUCCAAAGAAAUCGGAAUCAACUCAGCAGGCUUCCUCAGAGUGGCGUCCCGCCGGGCCGUCUACAUCCUCCACCUCCUCGCCUUUGGCUUCUCGGUUCUCUACUCCGAUAUCGACCUUGCUCUCCUGCAAAACCCCCUCCCAUACUUCGCUCCUUUCUCCUCCUCCUCCUCUGCCGCCUCCUCCGCCACCCCUUCACCCGACUCCGGCUCCUCCCCUCCUGCCCCUGCCCCGCCGAAAGAAUUCGAUGUAUUCAUUACCGCAGAUCAAGCAUGGACGAACGGCCCAGAUCACACGGUCAGUCUGGCCGAGCCCGGGUUGCCGAUGGUCAUGUGCUCCUGCUUCCUCUACUUCCGCCCCACAUCGGGAGCCAAGGCCCUCGCGUCCCUUUGGGUACACCACAUGGUGGAGAAAGGGAAUGCCAUUGGCAACGACCAGGACCAUUUUCUCAGUGUGAUGAAGAUCAUGAGAGAGGCGCACAUCCACGCGAAUAUCGGCGUGCUGCCCGGGAAAAAGUUUCCGUCGGGUGAAGUCAUGCAGAAUGACAUGAUGGGGUUUUUGAGGAAUGGGGGGAUGUGA